UUUGGUCACAACACCAUGGACCCAGUGCCCAGGAUUGACUUCUACCGGAACACAGGCAGUGUCAGUGGAGACAAAAUCGCCAGGCCAACCCUGGAAGAUCUUCAUGAAGUAUUCAAAAAAGUGACCCCAAGUUGUCCAGAUGGGGCAGUCAGUAGGGAUGUAGGGCCAGCAGAUGAAGAAGCGGCAAAGAAGGAAGAAACCCAAGGUGGAUUUGUGAAGUUCGGCUGGGUGAAGGGAGUGUUGGUAAGAUGUAUGCUGAACAUCUGGGGAGUGAUGCUCUUUAUUCGUCUCUCAUGGAUUUUCGGCCAAGCUGGUAUAGGUCUUGGAGUUAUUAUUGUUCUUCUGGCUACCAUGGUAACUUCAAUUACAGGGUUGUCAACCUCAGCCAUUUCCACUAAUGGAUGUGUCAGUGGAGGGGGUGCUUAUUAUCUCAUAUCCAGAAGUCUAGGACCUGAGUUUGGUGGGUCUAUAGGUUUGAUUUUUGCAUUUGCAAAUGCAGUGGCUGUGGCCAUGUAUGUCGUGGGGUUCGCUGAGACCGUUGUGGACCUUCUUAAGGAAAGUGAUGCAUUGAUGGUGGACGUGACAAAUGAUAUCAGAAUCGUUGGAUGCAUUACAGUGGUUUUGCUACUUGGGAUCUCUUUAGCUGGAAUGGAGUGGGAGGCAAAGGCUCAGGUUCUUCUACUGGUAAUUCUGCUGAUCGCUAUUUUUAACUUCUUUGUUGGAACAGUCAUCCCCACCAACGAAGAUAAGAAAGCCAGAGGAUUUUAUAAUUAUGACGGCUCUAUAUUUGCAGAAAACUUUGGACCCGACUUUAGAGAUGGAGAAGGCUUCUUUUCUGUUUUUGCCAUCUUCUUCCCAGCAGCUACAGGCAUUCUUGCCGGAGCCAACAUCUCUGGUGAUUUAGAGGAUCCACAAGCCGCUAUCCCCAAAGGAACAAUGUUGGCUAUUUUCAUAACAACCAUGACCUACCUUGCUGUUGGUAUUUGCGUAUCUGCCACUGUAGUGCGAGAUGCGACUGGCUGUCUUAAUGACACCAUUACCCCUGGGAUGACCUGUAAUGGCUCAGCAGCCUGUUCUCUGGGAUAUGACUUUUCAUCUUGCAAGACUGAACAUUGUGACUUUGGUCUGAUGAACAACUUCCAGGUGAUGAGUAUGGUAUCUGGAUUUGGUCCUCUUAUAACUGCAGGGAUUUUUUCCGCUACCCUGUCCUCAGCCUUGGCUUCACUCGUUAGUGCACCAAAGGUGUUUCAGGCUCUUUGCAAAGACAACAUCUACAAGGCACUCCACUUCUUUGCUAAAGGUCACGGCAAGAACAACGAGCCUCUCAGAGGAUAUGUUCUGACCUUCGUUAUUGCUGUUGCAUUUAUUCUGAUUGCUGAACUGAACACAAUUGCUCCCAUCAUCUCCAACUUCUUCUUGGCUUCAUAUGCCCUCAUCAACUUCUCCUGCUUCCAUGCUUCCUAUGCCAAAUCACCAGGUUGGAGACCGGCUUAUAAGUAUUACAAUAUGUGGGUGUCGCUGUUUGGAGCCAUGCUGUGCUGUGGGGUGAUGUUUGUCAUCAACUGGUGGGCGGCUUUGAUCACCUAUGCCAUUGAGAUCCUCCUCUAUAUUUAUGUAACGGUCAAGAAGCCAGAUGUGAACUGGGGCUCAUCCUCCCAGGCUAUUACUUUUGUUAAUGCGCUGAAUGAUGCACUUGUUUUAACGGCGGUGGACGACCACGUGAAAAACUUCAGACCGCAGUGUAUUGUGUUGACAGGAGAUCCAAAGACUAGACCGGCUCUGCUUGAUAUUGCCCAUUCAUUCACCAAGAACUAUGGGCUCUGCAUCACCAGCAAAGUGUUUGUUGGGCCGCGAAUACAGACGGUGAAAGAAAUGAACAGUUCCAUGGAGAAGAACCAGACCUGGCUGAACAACAAAAAAAGGAAAGCUUUCUAUGCAGCAGUGGCCUGUGAUAACUUCCGCGAGGGAGUUAGGAGUCUUCUUCAAGCUUCAGGCGUGGGUCGCAUGAAGCCUAAUACAUUGGUGAUUGGAUUCAAAAGAGACUGGAGAGAUUCCAGACCCAAGGAUAUAGAGAACUAUGUUGGUGUUUUACACGAUUCAUUUGAUUUCGAGUAUGGAGUGGUGAUGGUAAGGAUCAGCCAAGGGUUUGACAUCUCUCAGGUUCUGCAGGUGCAAGGUAGGUGCCCGUCUGCAGUCAGGUAUAGUAUGAUAUAAUAAAGUUUAUCUGCAUCUGCUGGAGAUUCCUCAUUUUUAAAAAAAAUGCCAGCAGCAAUUUAAUCAUGCGUUUAUACUCCAGUGGUUUUCAAGAACACCAUGAAGUCAGCUCAAUCAAUGCCUGUGGGAGACAUUAACCAAAGGCUUAUGGAGGCAAGCACCCAGUUCAAAAAGAAGCAAGGCAAAGGCACCAUUGAUGUGUGGUGGCUGUUUGAUGAUGGCGGCUUAACACUGCUGAUCCCCUACAUCCUAACAACAAGAAAGAAGUGGAAAGACUGCAAGAUUAGGGUCUUUAUGGGUGGAAAGGCUAAUCGUAUUGAUGAAGACAAAGCAGCAAUGAUUUCACUCCUGAACAAAUUCAGAAUACAGUUUGUUGACCUUUAUGUUGUCGGAGACAUCAACACUAAACCAACCAAGGAGAGCUGGAAAUUCUUUGAAGAAAUGAUUGAACCCUAUUGUCUCCAUGAAUGCUCCAAAGAUCCUGCAACAGCUGACAUGCUGAAGAAGGAAAGCCCUUGGAAAAUCACGGAUGCAGAGCUGGAAUUGUGCAAGGAAAAGAAUCGCCGGCAGGUUCGCCUCAAUGAACUGUUACAGGAGAACUCCAGAGCAGCUAACCUCAUCAUUAUGAGCUUGCCUAUAGCAAGAAAGGGGGCUGUCUCUGAUUACCUGUAUAUGGCCUGGCUGGAAAUUCUUACAAAGAACCUGCCUCCUAUCAUGCUGGUCAGAGGCAAUCACAAGAGUGUGCUGACAUUCUAUUCUUAACAAAUGCACAACACAUUUAGACAAAUAC